AUGGUCCGGCUGAAAAACCGCUACCUUCUCCUGGAUAUCCUUUACCCCGACCAAACAACAUUACCCUCUUCCAAAACAGUCUCGACAGAAGCGCUCGCCGCUCAACUCGCCAUCCAUGCCCCGACAUCCAACGCAUUGACGCCGGGGUUACUUGCAAAGAUGAUCCGCGAGGAGGUUGGGGAAAUGUAUGGGGAUUGGGGUGUGGGUAAACUAGGUGGUGCGUCCGCGACGGGAGUUCAAGUGAAGUAUCUGUCCCCCGCAACGUCAACGGCCAUCGUCCGCUGUCCACGCGCGUCAUUUCGCCUCGUCUGGUCUGCGCUCACGUAUAUGUCGCAUGUGCCUGCCGUCCUCGAGCCCGGCGCUGGUCCGGGCCAGCGACGACCUAAUGGAGGCCGUGAAAGGCCCUGCGUAUUCCGGGUGCUGAGAGUCUCGGGCACAAUGCGGAAGGCCGAGGAGGAAGCUAUUCGUCGUGCGCGACGGGAGAUCGUGCGUGUGAGGGGCGCCGAGGAGAAGGGUGUGUUGGGGGAUCUGAUUUCUGGUGCCGAGAGUGGGAAAUUGGCGGCUCCAGUUAUGACUAGUGUUAUGGAUGGGAGUGAUGAUGAUGAUAUGCUCGAUGAUGACGAUUGA